AUUGUAGCUGAGAGAGAGAGCAGCCCUCCUGCAGCCUGUGAGCCCACCACCACCAUGGAUGUCAAACUGCUGGCACUGAUGGCUCUGCUGGCCGUGGCCACACAUACACCAGCCUGCAGCGCGAAGCCCAUCAGUCUGGUGGAGCGGUGUUGGUGUCGUUCCACCCUCAACACGGUUCCCCAGCGCUCCAUCAAAGAGCUCAAGUUCCUCCACACGCCCAACUGCCCCUUCCAAGUCAUUGCCAAACUGAAGAAUAACAGGGAAGUCUGCAUCAACCCAGAGACCAAGUGGCUGCAGCAGUACCUGAAGAACGCCAUCAACAAGGUGAAGAAAUCCAGGAGACGCAACAACAAGAAGAACUAAACACAAGGGAAGACGUGUGCGUCGCCAGGCCUGUGCCGAACCUGCAGUAUACACCUCCCUGCUACGGAUGCAUGUAAACACGCUGUAUGUACCCGUCCACCUCCCUGGACCACUCGCAGAAACCAGCACUUCACCACCAAACCGUGCCGUCCCCAUGCAGCACCACCACCGACCCCUCCGGACGCUCUGUGUCAGCACCGAAUGCAAAUACACCUCGGAAUGACGGGAUGCAUGUUAAUGUCAGAUAUACAGUAUGAGUGUGUGUAUGUUUGUAUGCUGGGCUAAUGGCAUGAGAGUGUGUGUGUCUGUGUGUGUGAGAAUGUGCUUCACAUGAACUAACUCUGACUGUGUGUGUAUUGUAUUUUGUAACUUCACACGCCUAUAAAGGAACAAACUGAGCUUUCUGUCGCACACGCAGGGUUUUGUGGGUAAUGUUACCUUCAUGGUCCAGAUCUGGUUUGGCAAACAGGAGAAGUGUUUCAUUUAGGGAAAUCUGCCAAGUGAAAACAAUCGGUUUUAUUUACAACAAUACAAUUACCUCAACUUUUGACUGGUGACGGUGGCAUUACUCCAAGACCAAGGGGUCAUGUGGCAGACUGAGACGCUGGCCCGUGGGGUUUCCCUCCCCAAAGUGGCGACCAAUCAGAGCUGGUCGUGCUACCACAUGGUCUUGCGUUGUCUUUGAGCUUGCUGCAUGAACGAAACAGAGAUGGAGCUCAGGCAAACUGUUUAUGAAACAAGCACUGAUCUUAUGGUGCUAUAUAUAUAUGUAUCCAGUAUAGAGGGUCAGAGCCUUUGAUAUACUGAAAGUGUAGUUCACUGUUUAUCUUAUGCAAGAUUUGAGGCGGGAUGCUGUGACUUCAAUGUCUUAUAGGAAACCUGUCACAGGAAAGUUAAAGCGCUGUUGAUGGAGUGAGAAGUGAAAAGGGAAAUGGGGAGGUGAUGCAUAACGAAGGCCAUGUUGUACCGAUUAAGAUGACACUUAUCACAAGAACAUGAACAUAUGAGAAAACAAAAGCCAAAUAUUGAUUCAUUUAAAUAUGAAUCAUGAAGAAACAGGUGAAAGUGUAACUUUCUAUUUCAUUUAUUUCUAGAUUCAGGUAGAAGAGCUACAUCCACAUUACUAUACAUUUUAGUUGCAGCGAUCUUCGUCCGCAAGAGGGUUUUGGCUCCGUAUCAGUAUUAGUCCCGGUCCAUCCUAACACGCCUGCAAAAGCAUAUCACGUGACCACUAACGAACACUGGACAGGCGCAUCCUGCUCAAGUCCAAAGAAAACGGGAAUUGUCGCAGAUUGCUCGUAACAACUCGUCUUCUGCACGUGUAUCGUUAUAUGGUCAGCAACACUCACACCAAUGCUAAAGCUGGUCGUUUUCUUCAUGCAAUGGGAGCCUGACGAAUCAGCCAUGGCUAUACAUCGUGACUGAAAAGAUCCAAUCAGCAAGCGCUUGUGAGUGACUCCGUCAAUGUUCCCAAUCAUUCGGUUUCUGCUCGUCUAAACUGAAACGCAGCCCUGGAGUUUUCAAACUAAAUUGAGGCCGGCAGCGUUAUAUAUCUCGAUUGUAGCCGCUCUAAAAUUCUGGAGUAAUUUGUCCAUAUCACAGUUGAUGUGUUUCCAAUUGAAAUCAUAGUAAUGUGGAUGUAGCCUGAUCUGAAGACUUUUUUUUACACCUUAUCAAAGGGGCAGGAGUAAAUGUCCUGACAACAUUUAAUGCCAGUAUUUUCGUACCAACACCUGUCCUGGGUAGGAAUGGAAAGCUAAAUUAUCAUAAAGAACGUAAAGCUGAAUGAUAAAUGUCACAAAGGGAAUUCUCACGGUGGCAAAGUAGUGAAAGCUGUUUUUUUAAUCAUCCUUUCUUAUAUAUAUUUAAGCCACUUUAUUAUCAGAUGUGUCUUUUAUAUGUAAUGCUUUUAUUUUUAUAUUGUGUAUAAUUUUACUAAAUGUUUUUUAAUGCAAUGUAAAGUAGGCAGUUACUACUAAAUGAAGGCGAUUCCAUAAAAUGCAAAACAAAAGAAACGGCAUUAAACUUCAUUUUCAAGAUUUCAUGAAAUAUUUCACUCAUGUGUAAUGGUCUGUUUGCAAUAUGGUAAACACAGAGUACAAUGCAUUCAAGCUCCAAAGGAUACAAAUGCCAUCUAAUAACUUUUUUUUAAUACAAAGAUCAAACAACAUAUAAAAUAUUGUCUUUCUGGUUUUGUUUUCAACCGAAUAAAAUCUGCUCCGGCCAACACGCAGUGCUAGAAAACAAAAAGGCAGCUGUCAGUGAGUUACAGGAGGAACCAUUCAGCUCGGCCGUGCCCCUCCGACACUUGAUUCGAUUUUUUGCUGCCUUACUGAGGUUGAUGUAUGAUGUGUCAAUAGAGCCACUGAGCCAAAACAGAACAAAACCUUUGAGCGGAGCCGACAUGUGCUUCCAAUCUGGACACUCCCAGCGUCCCACAGGCCUUCUUCCAAUCUCACUCAGCUGCUGCCACUACACAAAAUUAGGGCCCAAUUUUCUUCCCAUAAAAAUUGUGAUCGAAGUCCUGAUGCGUGUCGUAAUGGUUCUUGUUUAGAUUCCCUUUGUUUUUUUGUGGCCAAUUUUGAAAUCUUUUUCAGUUGAUGGUUCAAUGGUCAUCCAAGUGUAACUUAUUUCUCAUUCAUGCGAUGGAAGUUAAUGGACAUUGAUUUUAUAUCAUUUCACUCAUUUGUUGACGUCCAUUGCCACAGUUACAUCUAGAAAAAGAUUGGAUGGUCAUUUCUGUAAAGCUCCACUUUUCUAAUAUAUAUGUGAUUAUUAUCUCAAUUAGAAGAAAUUACAUCAUUGAAGUAGUAAACAUUUCAUUUAUGAUUUAUGUGAUUAGACACGACAAGUAAUUAGUUGUACUAAACGACAAGUGUUUUUUUCAUAGUUGUGUGGUCCCAUUUAACCCCUGCAUUGUCAGAGCCAACUUCAUCAAACAUCCACUGUGCAAAGUGUUCACUACCAUUAAACUACUGUAUCAGCCAAACAUACAGAAAACUUUACUAACAUGCACAUUUACCAGCGAAUUGAAUUUAUAUAGAAAAUAUAUGUAUGAGUGUAAAUUUUUGACCAAAUGUUCACCACAGUUUUACACGACAAAACGUUUAAUCGGCAUUAGUGUGUGGAUAAAUGACCAGAGUGGGAGCAUGUGUUCUGCUUCGGAGCCCGAGACAAUGUGAAAUAACUUCUCCCUCUUUUGAGGCAGCUUCUGACACAUAUUCUUCAUAUACCUGAGAUGUACUGAGACAUUACCCUGUGUAUUUUUAGUGAUUAUAAACCAAGAGGCAAUGUUUUUAGCUUUGAUACUCAAGCCCUUUUUCAAUAAAGUCAUAUGAAA